ACCGCGUUGGCCUUCAACGUUUAGUCGACUCGUGGCAGUGGUAGCAUGAACAGCGACGCUCUUGAGAAAACGCAGUUCUCUUCUCGGUGUGCAUUACUGUAACUCGGAAAAAUGGUCAAGUGCAGAUCAUUAAUUUGGAAAUAUUUCAACAGUGAACCAGUGAAUAUCAAGAAAAAUCCCUACAAUAUUGCAAAACGAAAUCGCUUAUAUAGCAGACGCUACAUGGCGAACACAUCAAAGAGUUCGCACCGGCCGAAGUGGCGCAGGGUGUGCGACGACUGGGUCGACAGGAGACUGGAGGGCCGACAGGGCGUCACCACACCAGUCCACGUCCUGUACAACACUUACCUCAACGAGAACCCAAUGCACUACAUGGACAUAGCACAGUUCGGAAAGGUCCUGAAGUCCAGAUUCAAGAACCAGAAGUGCCGACGCGGAGGUCAAGGAGCUCAGAUUUACGUCUACAAAAAUGUCGCCAUCAAAUCCCUGGACGAAACCAAGGGUGACGUCAGUCUGUCCGGCCCUCGCCUAGCGCCCAGCAGUGACGUCACUCCCCCACUCCCAUGUUCUGCCACCCUCAGUGAUGUCACUGCCUCCCACCCACGCCCAGCAACCACCAGCGACGCCUUUCCCCCACUCCCAUGUUCCGCCACCCUCACUGAUGCCACUCUGUCCCCCUCGCGGAGUGCCACCCCCACUGACGUCAGAGGCCCUUCUCCAACACAGCCCACCAAGAGGAAAGCUUCACCGGAGUCCUCCAUCAUUCCUAAAAAGCGAAAGUUCAUCUUCGAGAACAGCCUUCCUCAGGUCACACCUCCUGAUAGUCCUUCCGCUGAGUUCUUCGUCAGCAGGAGCGAGCACAGCGCUUCUCCUGCUGCUCCAAGUGUGGCGUCUCAGCAGGAACCAGGCGAGAGGGCAGCCUGUGGCAAGCCACCUCAAUUCCUGGCAAAUGUGAGCAACUCUAAUGACCCUCUGCUAAGUGAUGCCAAUAAUGAAAAGUUGUCUAGAAGUAAACACUGGUCGCCAGCACUUGUUGAAGAUAGUGGAGGGACCGCUGACUUAACUUUAGACUAUUUUUCGAAAAAAUUAGGCUUGAAACGGAUAGCAUUCGAAAAGGAUAGUACCGGAAACAAAAAUCAUAACGAAUCAAACGUAAUAACUACCAAUAAAACAGACAAUAUUAUACCUCCAAUUGCCAGUGAAAACCUUAGUGACUCGAAAACAUUGACUCCUAUUGAAAACGUUUUAUCUGAAAUUGAAAAGGUUAACAGCAUCAUCAGCAUCAACUCCAAUUCACUCUGCUCAUCGUCUCCUCAGAGCCAGGCUCCAAAGUACAACCUGAGGCCAGCCUCAAAAGCGGCAUCAGUGGCACCUGAAGAGACCAUCCUUUGGGACGAGGAACAGCGUGAGAGUGGACAAGAAAGUCCAGUGGAGGCCCAGGGGAUCAGCUGCAGGAUGGCAGUAGGACGCAAGUGGGUGGACGCUCAGCUGAGGGACGAGCCUGGGGCGAGGACCUUUGCGUGGGAGGUGGCAGCAGCCUACGCCCGCGACCAUCCUGAUGAACCUCUUCCUGAUACCAGCAUUGCUGUGCUUAUCCGAAACAAAUUCCCGUCCAGAAGGAAAGCCUUCAAACAAGGUCCUGUUACUACAUAUUACUUCCAAGAUCUAGAACUUGUCAAUCGCAGAAGGCCUGUGUGAAGUUCCAUCUGUGAAAGAUCACA